AUGGCUGCUGAAGAGAAGCAGAGAUUCCUCGAUGGCAACGAGAUGGAACUUGGAGACAAGCAAGGCCGGACUUUCAGUCCUCCUCAGAAUUCCGCUCCCAGAUUUUCUCCGCCCUCGAGUAACUGGCAGAACAAUCCCAUCCUACCCGUCCUCAGUUACUGCGCCUCAUCCAUCUUGAUGACCGUCGCCAACAAGUACAUCCUCUCGUUUCCUGACUACAACUUGAAUUUCCUUCUCUUGGCUGUCCAGUCUAUUGUCUGUGUUGUCGCCAUUCAAUCGUGCAAAACCGCUGGAAUUAUCACAUACCGAGACUUCAAGACGGACGAGGCCAAAAAAUGGUUCCCCAUUUCACUACUCCUUAUUGGCAUGAUCUAUACCGGCACUAAAUCUCUCAAAUAUCUCUCUAUUCCGGUCUACACCAUUUUCAAGAACUUGACCAUCAUUUUGACGGCAUAUGGUGAGGUGCUAUGGUUCGGAGGCUCGGUGUCUCCAAUGACCCUGUUCUCCUUCGGAUUGAUGGUUCUCAGCUCUGUCAUUGCUGCCUGGGCCGACAUCAAACAUGUCCUGGAAUCUCAUGGAUCGCAGAACUCGGCCGCUGCGACCGCGCAAUUAGCCACAUUAAAUGCUGGUUAUAUCUGGAUGAUGAUGAAUUGCUUUUGCACUUCUGCGUACGUCCUAGGCAUGCGCAAGCGCAUCAAGCUCACCAAUUUCAAAGACUUUGACACCAUGUUUUACAACAACCUCUUGACUAUUCCCGUCCUGCUUCUUGGCUCUUUUAUCGUGGAGGACUGGUCAGCGAUCAAUCUGGCCAAGAACUUCCCCGUUGAUGUCCGAAAUGCCAUCUUUGGAGCCAUGAUUUUCACUGGUGUAUCGUCAAUCUUCAUCUCGUACACAUCAGCGUGGUGCGUUCGUGCAACUUCUUCGACCACCUAUUCAAUGGUUGGCAUGCUCAACAAGCUUCCCAUCGCAGUGUCCGGUCUCAUCUUUUUCGAUGCGCCAGUCACCCUUCCCAGCGUUUCUGCAAUCUUCCUCGGCUUUGUCAGUGGAAUUGUGUACGCUGUCGCCAAGGCUCAACAGAACUCGAAACCGAAGACUGGAAUUCUCCCGACCUCAAGCACCAUGAGUGCCAGCAGUCUGAGCAACCGUGAUAGUCUCAAGAAUUGA